AUGUCGAUAGUAGCAAACAGCAUUGGACCGAAGGCUGAUAUGAUUGCUGCUGGGAAUGAAAAGCUGGAUAACAUUGCAAAGACAGUUGAUGUCAUGAGAAGCAUCAUUGAAGUUCUGUCAUAUGUCAAAGGUUGUAUUUCAUGGGAGGUGAAGAGGGUGGUUCAUCUUUCAAGACCUGUAUUGGUUUUCUGA